AUGGCUGUCUUUAGGGCAUGUCUGGCGUUCCCAUCCAGGUGGAUGACGGGUUUGUUCCUGAUAUUCCUCCAGGCCACCACCGUUGUUGCCUACCCCUCAAACCAAAACUUCACAGCCGCCGUGUCUGCACGUGCUGGUACCUUCUACCUCCGUAUCCUUCCGCUAGGAGCCUCCAUCACAUGGGGCCAAGCAUCUUCAGAUGGCAACGGAUAUCGCAAGCAUUUGCGUGACCAGAUCCGGUUUGAUGGUUGGAAUGUCAACAUGGUCGGAAGUCGUGCCAGCGGUACGAUGAAUGACAGAGAUGUGGAGGGUUGGCCAGGCUUUCGUGUUGAAGAGGUGGAUGUCAGGGCACGCAAUGCCAUACCGCUCUACAAGCCCAAUGUGGUUCUCAUCAACGCAGGAACCAACGAUGCGACGCAGGGCUACAACGUGGCAACGACAAAGGACCGCAUGGAAACCAUGAUCGAUUUCAUCUUUGAAACGGUGCCGGACGUGUGCGUUGUGCUGUCUACGCUCAUUCCCAACACUCUAAACCCGGGAAAUGUUGCCUUGAUCAAUGAUCAGUACCGCACGCUUGCUCGGGAACUCCAGGGGCAGGGCAAGCGUCUCAUACUUGCGGAUUUUGGCGACGGGUGGAUGACGACGGCGGAUCUGGCCGAUACCACUCACCCCAAUGACUUUGGAUACAAAAAGAUGGCAGCCAAGUGGCACCAAGCCAUUCAGCAGGCAGAGGCCCAAGGCUGGCUCUCGCCGCCCAGUAACGACGUGUCCUUCUCGGACGAACCCGGGGGUACCACGACGUGUGAUAAGACGCUCGACAGCGGCAACUCGAGCUCAGGGCCGACCCAAGUGCUCAAGGCGCUGUCACCGCGCAUCAUCGACGAUGGGCAAUACAGACAUAGCUCGCAGUCCAUGGGCAGGAUUCACGCCGGCUGGUACGCCGGCGACGACACGGUAUGGUUUGCCCAGAUUGUUCAAAAGGGCACCGAUCGUGGCGGCGAGCGCGACGAUUGGGUCUUUAGUCAGGGCGAGAGCGGCAUCUACUAUCGAGAGAAUCUUGGUGACGGCGUUUUUGGCGACAAGACGCACAUUCCUACCCUCGGGGGCACGUGUAGACAGCCUGAAACCGGAGGCAUUCGAUGGGGGGAUGUGAACAACGAUGGACUAGACGACUUUAUCUGCAUUGGGCCAGAAGGGAACAUGUACGUGUACAUCAAUGAUGGCGGCAAGCCUCCGCGCUUUAGAGAUGUCGGCCUUUACAAAGAGGCACCCAGUGGAUAUGCGCAAACAAAUAUCCGCCUCGGUGAUAUUGACGGUGACGGACGAUUGGAUUAUUGCGUUGUGGCUGGUAAUGGAGACAUCUACUGCUGGCGAAACGGCGGCUUAGGGGAUAACGCUGCCUAUUGGCAAGACGUUGGGGAGGGCAAGCCUGUCUUUACCGGAAAAAGCAUGGGCAGCAUUGAUGGUAUCCGGCUGGUUGACAUCAAUGGAGACUUCCGUGCCGACUGGCUCUGGCUCGACGACACAGGCAAGACUACGACAUACAUAAACCAGCGUGGUCAAACCAAAGGACUGACACCGUACUGGGACUCUGUCGGCGUCACACAUGGCGGGAUGGGCGAGGCAGGUGCUCGUUCCCAGAUCCGAUUUGCGCGAGUUUACGGUUCUGGAAGAAACGAUUAUGUCCACAUCAAGUGCAUGACGUUGGUCAAUGGGCGUUGUGAUUACGAGGUGAGGGCGUGGAAAAACACGGGAGGUGGCGGCGCACAUCAGAAGGGCGACGGUGUCCGCUGGUGCGACAUGAACGGGUCGGGCAAUGACGAUUAUGUCUUUAUCGACCACAACAGCAAGAUUACCAUCUUCCAGAACGUCAACAUCCCCCCCAACACCGAUUACACUGGCUGGUAUGACAGGGGAAUCGUUCUGGACCUCGCGGGUGUCCCGCGUAAGGCAAUCCAUCUCGGCGACUGGAACGGCGAUGGAUUCUGCGACGUCAUCAUCACCGACAAGGCGACAGGCGCGCUCGAUGUCAUACAUACGUACUACAACAAGGAGUCAGACAGUUACACUUUCGGUCCCAAGACCAGGGUAAUGCAAUCCGGGUGCACUCAGGGAUGGGGGGUCGGACUGUAUGAUCUCGGAAUGCAGUUUGCCGACAUUAACGGUGACAAACGGGUCGACUACAUGUGUCUGGAGCCCAGCGGCAGAGUGACGGGAUGGCUCAACAAGCCGAGAAGCCAGCAGUGGAUGGACCAGAUCAAGUUCGGUGUCGGCAAGGACCGCGCCAACCACCGCUGGGCAGACGUCAAUGGAGACGGCAAGCCGGACUUUAUAUGGACCGACAAGUUCAGCGGAGACACGGACGUGUGGUAUAACCUGGGAGAGAGGCAGGUCUCGGGGAGCUCCUUUUGGUGGGAUGCCCCGGCCAAGAAGUACCAGGGCUCCUCCUCGGGACCCAACCUGCAUUUUCCUAACCUCGGCGGCCGGGGACGAGCCGACAUGACAGAGGUCAACCCAAAGACGGGUCAAGGUUGGACUUGGUUCAACGUCUGUCCUCCCGGCGGCGAUGAUGGUUCCGUCGCGGACCCGGGCCUUCCUGCAGUCCCCGCCAUUGCGAUAGCCUCGCGGAAGUGGUUUCUGGGUGCGCGCGCGAGGAGUUAG